AUGUCGACUUUGUCCCCGAAAUCAUCUCAUCAGCUGCUAAGAGGUCAAAAGCGUUCCGACGCUCAGGGUGACGGUGAUCGAUCUUCUGGUCCUGCUCCACCUUUGCCGAUUGUGGACCGUAAUUAUACAUCACAAGAUCUUCAAGACCAACUGGUUUACACAGACCAGGUGUUGCGCAAUUCAAAGAGAAGACUAUCUCCCAUUGAGGCCCGUGCACUGAAGCUUUACGAAGAUACAUGUGCCAGAUUGCUUGACCUUGAACAGGGUGAGGUUGGUGAAGGGAGAGGAAAGGAAUUAGAGGCAAUGAAGAAUGAGUGGAAGUCAACUCUAUGCAUGUAUGAACAGUCUAUGCAAUAUACUGCAUGUCUGAUUGCCACUCGCUCUUCAGACGCCCAGGAGCUUCAGGACCAAUUAAUUAUGCUACAAAAAGCCGCCUUCUACUCUUGA